AUGGCCAACAAACAGCACAACUUUGGUAAGUCCGAACUUUACUGUCAGGAUGUCAGGGCUGUUUGUAUGUUUUAUAUUAUUAUUAAUUUAUAUAUUAUUUUAUAUUAUUCUUUAUAUAAAUUAAAAAGUGUUGAUUUUCUGUCUGUUUCUCAAAGAUCCUUCAGUUAAAGGUUGAAGGUGGUUCCUGUCAGAAAGUUAACGGGCGUGAUGUUUGUUUUUUUCUUUCUUGGCCAAAUGAAUUAAAAACGCUGUUUACAAACGUGUGUGUGUGUGUGUGUGUGCGUGUGUGUGUGUGCGUGUGUGUGUUCACAUAAACAUGUCAACGACAACUGUCCUGAAACUGUUCAAUAAAUCGAUUGAUUUGAUCGAGGUAAUAAAUCCUAAAAUAACUGAUUUGUCGGUUUGUGUGAAUGAAUAAAAGUCUCUGUUAUGAUCUCGAUGAUUUAAAGUCGUUUGAGUUUGAUUUCGAUUAAUGACGGUCUGAUUCUGACGAGCAUAUCCAGUCCUUCACCAACACGCUACAGGCCUCAAAGUCCAACACGUCUCUCCGUCUUCAGAGGCGGCAGUAAUAACCGCUAAAGGAGAUCUGUUUCAUGGUGUCUGACAUUCGCUGACUUAUUCGUCUUCAGUUAUUAGACAGUUUUUUAGAUAUGAAAGAAGACACAGUGUCCAGUGGACUGUAACACUGAGCUUUGGUUGAUCUGGUUGACUGUCCCUCUGCUUCAGAUGGGAGGGCUGAGGCUGGUUCUGGUGGUUUUUAAUAAAACGGCAGAACUUCAGCAGAACUUCAGCAGAACUUCCUGGAGGCUCUCUCUCUGUGUGGAAGCCUCCUGUCUCCGUUAAGACCUUGUCCCAAAAGAGAUAGACUCCUGCCUUGCUCUCUGUAGUUUCUGAAGGAGAUCAGCUGUUGCUCUGUGUGGUACGGCGGCUAUAAAGGGUGUCCAUGUUGGUAAAUAUUGUCAGCUGUUUGUCGAUGUCCUGGUUCCCAGGAAGUGUCCAAUAAUAAUAAUAACUAGAAAAAUUGCAUUUCCUUGCAGAAAAUGCGUGGAAAUGCUGAGUGCCGAGAGCUGAAAAAGCAAUGCUAAACUGCCAAUAAAAAAAGGAGGAAGGUAUAAAUGUUAAAGCUGAUAAAAAGGUGGAGUAGAAGAAGAAGAAAUUGUAUAAAUGGAAGAAUUGUAGUAUAGCUUAAGGUAAAUUAGUUGGAUUAAUGUACAAAUUGUCUGAUAGCCUAAGUGAAAAAUGUAUAUGAUUGAUGUGAAUAAACAGAACUGAUAAUAAGGAUAAUUGAAUUUGAAAAACAAAUGCCUUAAAAUAAUGUGUAACAAUGUUCCUAUUAAAUGUACAAAUAGUAAAACAGAUUUUUGCAGUCUGCAGCAUCCAACCAUAGUAACUUGAGAAUGCAGAACAGCACCAUCUAUUGCCCUGCUUCAGUUACUGCCCUACAUCUGAAUGUAGAAAGUAUGACACAGCUGAAGUUAAAUUAACUGUAUAAAUGUAGAAAGUAUAGAAAAGCAGAAGUAGAAGAAAAAGAAGUAGUUAGUAUGUUAAAAGAGUUAAAGACAAGAACUGUAACAACAAAGUUCAUAUUGGGGGUGUAUUUUCUACUGACAGAGAGACAGUAAUGCGCACAUGGAAACAGUGUGUGCGCGCGCGCAGCCGAGCCCGUGCGUGUGCAUGUGCGUGUGUGAUUGAAGCACACAGCCCAUGACAAGUGCUGAUAUCGCAGAGCUGUGAGAAACCAUCUGAACUUUUCCCCCUAGUCCUGAAUGAGUGAAUGAAUGUCCUGAAGGAGUGCAUUAGUAUAAAGUUUGAAUGGUUAAAAUAGCACAAAGUGGUAAGGAGUUGAAAAGGGCCAAAAAAGGUACGGAAGAAUAAUAAUAAAAAUAAAAAUAAUAAUAAUAAUAAUAAAGAAAUAGGAGAAUAACAAUGAGUGUAAAUGCUGUGUCAGCAUUUACACUUAAUAAUAAUAAUAAUAAUAAUGAUAAUGCAUCAAAUUUUAUAAAGCACUUUACAUUAGAUCCAUCAUUCAUUCAUUCAUUCAUUCAGUCACACCUUCAUGGUUGUAAACUACCUCAGUACUCUCAGCUGAUCUGGGACUCAGACCGACGGAAACAUGGCUGCCAAUCCUCACCGACGGCCUCUCUGACUUGAGCUCUAAACUGUCCCCACUUAGGUCCUCACAUCAUGCAGACACAGAACAUGAUGAAGUUUGAUUGGCUCUUUGUUGACAUUAAAGUCCUCAUCAAAGUUAAGACAAAAUCCAACAGUCAUGUUUGGUCUUAAAUAUGACGCCGUCUGUCCGAGGAGUGACGGCCUUCUGGUCUUAGUCCACGUUUUAGCCGCCUGCUCAGAUGUCUUAUUGGGAAGCAGGUUCAGCAUGAAUCACAUCAGUAGAAACAGAUGAUCGUUUUUGCUCAUGUCCAGUUUUGAUGAGUUUCUGUCUCCUAUGGUCCACUGGUCAGUUAGGGGGUUGGUCUUAAAGCCAUACUGUCCACAGAUCUUUGCAUCGUGCAGGACCAUUUAGUCCGAUCUUGGGUCUGGUUGUUUAACCUCAGCAGCUCCUGAUCCUUCAGGUGUGGCCUCAGUCAAAGUGUCUGUGGACCACACUGUCUCCUUUAGAGAGUUCUCUCACACUCGUGAAAUCUGAAGUGGAGAGAUGGUCUUUGGAUGACAGAGUACACAGGGUCACAUCCAGGAGUGUCUUGAAGAGGAACCUCUGCAGGAAGGUCAUUCCUGGACGUGUGAGGUAUCUUCAAAUGGAAAGAUGGUCUUUGUAAAGUAGCUUUAGAAAAAGUUCCCUUCCAACAUGUGGCCCCACUCCUACACCAAAGAAAGACGUUAAUACAGGUAAUCGUGAAAAUACCCUCAACCUACGAACAAAUGUCAAAUAUCUCACCUGAGUUUGACCGAGAUGAUCAAGAGAAACAGACAUGAAGAUUCAUGAAGGUCAUAAUAAACGACUAAAUCACUGAUAUUAUUUACCUGGAAACCUGAAAUGAUGAUGAUGAUGAUGAAACGUGUUCAAUCUUCCAAACAGGUGGUCUCCAUCAGAACAACGAGGAGCUGAGGAUCGUGAUGGUGGGGAAGACGGGACUUGGGAAGAGUGCGACAGGAAACACCAUUCUGGACCGUAAAUGCUUCGAGUCCAAGCUCAGCGCUUCAUCUCAGACUGAAGAGUGCUCCAAAGGCAAGGCUACAGUGGCCGGAAGAAAGGUCUCUGUGAUCGACACCCCUGGUCUGUUUGACACCAGAUAUGAUGACGAAAAAACCAGUCGAGACAUCAGCCAGUGUAUCUCCUACAGUUCUCCUGGACCACAUGCUUUUCUGAUUGUGGUCGGAUUGGGGGGCAGAUUCACAGAGGAGGAACAACAGAGUGUGGAGAAGAUCCAGGAGAUGUUUGGUCAGGCUGCAGACAAAUACAGUUUGGUUCUCUUCACCCAUGGUGAUAAUCUGAGACACCACCAUAGAAGAGUUCCUCAAGGGAAGUCCAGACCUCGUGAAGCUUGUGGAGAGGUGUCAAGGCCGGUACCACGUCUUCAACAAUAAUCUGACGGAUCACUCUCAGGUCAGUGAGCUCCUCCAGAAGAUCCAAGAGAUGGUCAAGAAGAACGGAGACAGCCACUACACCAACGAGAUGUUCCAAAAGGCAGAAGAAGCUCUUCAAGAAAAACAGCAGAAGAUCCUGAAAGAAAGAGAGGAAGAAAUACGCAAAGAGAAAGAGGAGCUGGAGAAGAAACUUGAUGCUGAAUAUGCAGAAAAACUGCAAGAAUAUUAUCUAAAGCUCAAGAAGGACGAGGAGGACGGACAGAGAGAAGAAUUGAGGGAUGAAGAAACGAUAAAGGAAACAAAGAGAGGAGACAACAAACAGGAGCCAGAGGAGCUGUCAAAGACAAGAAAAGAGUUUGAGAAAGAGAAAAAUGAAAAGAAAAACGAGUGGGAGAGAAGAAAAGAGAGAAUAGUCGGUAACAAAAACAAGAAAGAGAUAGAGUGGAAGAGAAGAGAGGAGAAGUUAAAGAAAGAGAAAGAAGAAAAAGAGUUGGAGUGGAAGACAGAAGAGGGGGAUUUAGAAAAAGAAAAAAAAGAUAAACAGAUGAAAUGGAAGAAAAAAGAGGAGAAAUUAAAAAAACAGAAACUUGAUAAAGAGAUGGAGUGGAGGAAAAAAGAGGAGAAAUUAAAAAGAGAGAAAGAAGAAAAACAGAUUCAGUGGAAGACAGAAGAGAGGGAUUUAGAAAAAGAAAAAAAAGAUAAGAAGAAGAAGUGGGAGAAAAAAGAGGGAGAAUUAAAAAAAGAGAAAGAAGAGAAAGAGAGCGAGUGGAAAAACAGAGAGAAAGAAAUGAACAAGGAAAGAAAGAGAGACAGAGGAGCAAGAGAUCAGGAAGAAAAAGACGAGAGAAACGACCAGGAGGAGAAAAUAAAUGACAAGAAAAGAAACGAUAGAGAGGAAAACAAAAUCACGGAGGAGCUAGAAGAAGAAAGAAACCGAAAAAUGGCCGAAGUUUCAAAAGAGAUCGAAGAGAAACACAACGAGUCCGCCAGAGAAAUGGCCGAAAAGAACGCCGACCCGAGUCUGAUCCGCUGA